AUGACAGACUAAAUGUAGUGAACUCUUUCAAAGUUGAAUUUUUUUGUAACAAGAAAUCAGUCGUCGUUCAUUUGUGCCAGUGAGAACACUGAAAAUGAAGGUUUUAGUUGUUGUCGUUAUACUUUGUGUGGCUGUUGCUUCGGCCAAAGAAAUUUGGGAAGGCAAAAAAUACAAACUGUACGAUUCGGUCAAAUUCGACGACUACAUGCGAAAAUUGGGCGUCAACUUUUUCCUCAUACAAAUCGGUAAUCUAGUCAGCCCGACGGUGGAAUUGAGAAAACUGCCCAACGACAGAUACGAGCUGAUCACGGAAUCAACGUUCCAGAACACAGACAUCACAUUCAAACUUGGCGAAGAAUUCGAUGAAGAAACGGUGGACGGUCGUAAAGUGAAGACUGUUAUGACACUGGAAGGCAAUACAUUAACGCAGAAACAAGGAGGCACUCCACCGUCAACAAUUAUUCGAGAAUUCGGCGAUAGGGAAAUGGUUUGCAAGUUGAGCGUUUACGAUGUGGUUGCAACCCGUAAAUAUCGUCUCACAUAAUUUGAUUGUAAUGUGCAUCAUUUUGAAAUUUGUAUGUAGUAAUAGUGAACCGUUUUUAUUUGCCAGUGCGAGAUAAUCUUCGCCUUCGAAAGUAUAUGCUUGAUAAAAUAGGUACACACAUUAUGCUUCUAAAUUAUUGUUUUGACUAGUGGUAACGUAAAAACACAAAUUUGGAAGCUGGUACGUAAUUUACUAUUAACGACGGUGUCAAUGUUUGUAAAAAUAUUUUCCAUUAAAUAAAUGCAAUUAUCACGAG